UAAAUUUUGUAAAAGUAUACUUUUAAGUAUAUUAACUUUGACAUAUAAUUUAUAAUAAGUAAAUUAUUUAGUACGUAUUACACUGCUGGCAACUCUAAAUUUAGUUGCACGCCUAAAAGCGCGCUUGUGUUUGUGCAACUCCUAACAGCUGUGCGAGAUAUUUACGGAUAAAUCUACAACAUAUGAUUUUGACAUAAUAGAAAUUUUUCAUUUUAAUUUUGGAUUAUAAAACGUUUUGCUUGCAUUUAGUAAAAAGAAUAUAUUUUUAAAAAGUAUUGAAUUAAAUGUUGUAUAAAAAUUAAAAAUAAUUAUGCAAAGCCUAGUGAAUUGCUUGAGGAGUUUUAAUGGAAUAAGUAAACACUCUUACCCCGCCGCGCAACGAGUUUUUAAUCCAUCACCGCGUUAUGUUGGUUCAGGACCGUUUAUCAACAAAUAUACUCCUGAACCCGAUGUACUUAACCCCCCAAAGAAAAUAUUUUCAGGCAUACAACCCACUGGAGGCUUGCAUUUAGGCAAUUACUUAGGUGUCGUAAGAAAAUGGUUGGAAUUGCAAAAUAACAGUGAAGAUGUUACAUACUGCAUUGUGGACAUGCAUUCCAUUACUCUACCUCAGGUUCCAACACAUUUACGGGAAAAUAUUUUCCAAGUAGCCGCUACAAUGAUCGCUUGCGGUAUCGAUUUUGACCGUUCCAAAGUGUUUGUACAAUCUGCAGUGAAAGAACAUACGGAGCUCUCUUGGAUUCUAGGUUGCUUGAUUACUAUGGCACGUUUAGGUCAUUUACCGCAGUACAAAGAAAAAGCACGUUCUACUGAAGACAUACCGCUUGGGCUGUUUAUUUAUCCCGUACUACAGGCCGCCGAUAUAAUGCUGCACAAAGCGACACAUGUUCCUGUGGGAGCCGAUCAAGUGCAACAUAUACAACUGGCACAACAUUUUAUCAAAAUAUUUAAUGGCAAAUUUGGCAUGACGUUUCCACAUUGUCACGCUAUGAUCGACAAUAAAGUGGCAUCACGUAUACGUUCCUUACGAGAUCCAAGUAAAAAAAUGUCAAAAUCCGAUAUAGAUCCAAAAGCCACUAUCUAUCUAACAGAUGAACCAGAAGUGAUUGUAGAGAAAAUUAAAAAAAGUGUUACUGAUUUCUGUUCGGAUGUUGCCUACGAUCCAGACAAAAGAUCGGGUGUGAGUAAUAUAAUUGCCAUACACUCCUUGGUAACUGGGCAAUCAAUUAAGAAUAUUGUAGAAGAGGCAAAAACCAUUGAUACAGGCAAAUAUAAACUUAGAGUUGCCGAUGCUGUGGUCGAACAUUUACGACCAAUUCGAGACAGAAUUAAAGAUGAAAUGAGUAGAAAAGAUGACCUUAUACAUCUGUUAGAGCUAGGAGCCGAUAAAGCACGUGAAGUAGCACAAGAGACUAUGUACGAAGUUAAACAGCGGGUUGGCUUAGGCGCUAUGCAUGAUUCACCGUUUUUACAAGUGCAAGAAGAGACAAAAUCUACUCUUAAUAUUAAUAGAUUGGAGCAUAAUUUCGAAGUUGGUGGUAACACGCCCUAUGUGGUUGUACCGAAACAGCGACUUAGGGUGGAGAAGCGUAGAAGCGCACUUCCAGUUGAAACACAUGAAAUGGAAAUGAUGCCUGUAAAACUGAAAGGUGACAGAAGCCUUUUUAAAUAUCCUAAAAAUACUAAAAGUUCUGAUGGUGACAAAAAGUCCAGUGACGAUUCUAAAUCAAAACUAGACAACUUGGAUCUAAAUAGGUCAGAGCAAAUAAAGCAGUAAAACUCGAGAAAAAUUAAUUUACAAUUUAGGGCAAAUUUAUUUUAUAUUUUUACAAUAGAGUGUAAAUGUUUA